AAUGAAAAGAAAACCACAUAUCUUGUUGGUUUUCUUUCGAAUUUGGCGCGCUUGGAUUUCUCCGAUGGCCACUCUUGGUGGUUUCAGAUCUAUCCUUGUUCUUCUUUUUCAGGUGCUCUCCGCUGCCGCUGCAGGCUCAUUCUGGAGUGUGAAGUAUCUGCCAGGAUUUUCAGGGCCUCUUCCGUUUGAACUCGAAACUGGAUAUGUCGGUGUGGGGGAUUCGGAGGAAGUUCAGGUGUUUUAUUACUUUGUGAAGUCCCAAGGAAAUCCUCAAACCGAUCCUCUAAUGACAUGGCUCAUCGGAGGUCCCGGUUGCUCUGCUCUCUCUGGAUUCGCCGUGGAAAUCGGUCCAGUAAAUUUCAAGAUAGAGCCAUACAAUGGAAGCACACCCCAACUGAUCUUGAAUCCCCAUUCAUGGACCAAGAAAGCCAGUAUAUUAUUUAUAGAUAUGCCUGUGGGCACUGGAUUUUCAUAUGCUCGAACUCCACAAGGCUUGAAGAAAGGAGAUCUAGUACAAGUUCAACAAAAUCAUCAAUUUUUGCGAAAGUGGCUGACUGAUCACCCAGAGUUCAUUCCUAAUCCAUUUUACGUCGGUGGGGACUCGUAUUCUGGUAUCAUCAUUCCACCUCUUACUCAAGCAAUUUCAGAAGGAAAUAAACAUCUCUUCCCAGCUAUAAACCUUCAGGGAUACAUAGAAGGAAAUCCUUUUAGUGUACGCAGAACAGUUAAUAAUUAUAGGGUUCAUUAUGCUCAUAAGAUGUCCUUCAUCUCUGAUGAACUAUAUGAGUCAUUGAAAACUAGUUGCAAAGGAGAAUUUGAGAGUAUCGAUCCAACUAAUUUGGAGUGCAUCAAACAUGUUUCUACAUAUAAAAAGUGUGUGAGUAGAAUCAGUUUAGCAUGUAUUAUGUGUCCUUAUUGUACCGAUGCUUCUCGAGCGCCAGAAAAUACGUUUGGUGGGCAGAGAUCCCUCUAUGAUACAUCCCAAAAUCUGUUUCUGGCUCCUAGAGUGUUACCUCCUCUUUCUCUUGACUGUGAUGAGUAUAAAUACUACCUUAGUUAUUAUUGGGCCAACGACGAUCAAGUUCGGAAAGCACUUCAUAUACGCGAGGGAACGGUUGAAGAAUGGUUUAGAUGCGAAAGUAAAAAAGAUUAUCAAUUUGAUAUUACGAAUGUUCUUCCUUAUCACGUGAAUCUUAGCUCCAAAGAUUAUCGAUCUUUGAUUUUUAGUGGGGAUCAUGAUAUGAUGGUGCCGAUUCUAGACACUGAAGCAUGGAUCAAGUCUCUAAAUUAUUCCAUUGUCGAUGAGUGGAGACCUUGGUUUGACGAUGAAGAUCAAGUACUUGGGUACACGAGAACUUUUGCAAACAACAUGACAUUUGCCACGAUAAAAGGUGGAGGGCACACACCACAAACAAUGCAAUACCAAACUAGCAUAAUGUUUAAUAGAUGGAUAGCCCGAAAGACGAUAUGAUCCGUUCGAACACUAGCAAGUUCUUGUCAAAUUGUUGAUAUAUUUGUAUAGUGAAAGGUUCUACGAUCUGUUUAUAUUGAUGAAAACUCGUUUAAGUAUCACUAAUAGAAAACAUGGUUUUCGUGGUAGAUAAUGAAGUCAAUAAUCAAGUCGGUUUCAGUGUA